GUUUCGAACGUCUCUCUCUCAAAGGAAUCUUUCAGGCAUCGCUUUCUUUCGUCUCUACACGGUGAGACAUAAUGUACUGCGUUUAAAAUGCAAAAAGGCUUAAAGAAAUAUUUUAUGAACAUGGAUGAUUAUCUUGCAAGCAUUGGCCUUUACAGAAAAAUGGUAGCAAGGGACGCGUCCUGUCUUUUCCGAGCGGUUUCUGAGCAGCUUUAUUGCUCGCAAAAUUACCACCAGGACGUCAGGAAAGCCUGUGUUGAUUUCAUGAGAGCCAACAGGUGCAACUUUGAACCUUUUGUGGAAGGAUCUUUUGAGAAGUACUUGCAGCGUCUGGAAGAUCCAAAGGAAACGGCUGGCCAAGUGGAGAUUAAAGCUCUUUCUCUGCUAUUUAAGCGCCAGUUUAUCAUUUAUAAGUCCCCUGGAAAAUCGCCUACUGAAAUUGCUGAGAAUGAGUGCCCAGAAAAGAUUUUACUGUGCUGCUCCAAUAAUGGCCACUAUGAUAUUGUUUAUCCAAAGCACUACCCAACUGAUGCUGCCUUGUGCCAAGGUAUUGUGUAUGAGCUGCUUUACAACAGAGUGUUCAGCAUUGAAGAGGUAGAGAUCCAGGGGGCACUGGAGGCCUUCCACAGUGGCGGGCACAGAUACCACAACAGCACCUCUGUGGGCAGUGAGGAUGCCAGCUUUGACACCCCUGAUGACAAGACCCAGAGGAGCUCUUCAGAAAACAAGGAGGAGUGGGAGACAAGUGGGCAGAACCGCUGUGAAGGAAAACUUGGGACAGAUGAUUCUAAGAUGUCAGAUGGACUGCCAAAGGUGUCUUUUCCAUACAAAGUGCUAAAAGCUCUGGACUCUGAGAUUUACCGCAAUGUGGAGUUUGAUGUCUGGCAUGACAGCAGAAAAGAGUUUCAAAAAACAGACUACAUGGUAUUCGCUGGGAGACAGUACUUCUUGGGUGACAAGUGCCAGGUUCGCCUGGAGCCCGGUGGGAAGUACUACAAUGCUUUUAUCCAGGAAGUGGGCCGUAACACCAAUGCAGUGACAGUGUUUAUAGAGGAGCUUGGAGAAAAACACCUGGUAUCUCUAACAAAUCUGAGGCCUGUGAACCUGGUGCCAGCCUGGAACAUCACACCCAACAGAAAAGGAGGAACAUACAGCCGGAUCUCGGACAUGUAUCCACCUGAGCUAGAUCAGGAGAUGCGAGGCCGGAGACGUUUCUAUAAGAAACCCCGUGGGAAGGAGAUGUACUUGGCCAUGGCCUACAGCAGGGGGCAGCCUGGCCUGCCCCCUCGUCUCCAACACGGCCUCCCCUCUGGCAGGACACCGGCCAUUCACCCUGCUGGCAAUACUGGCCUGGCACCAUACGAGCAGUGUCGCCUCCAUCCCUCGAACCAGAGGCCCGGAAGAGGCUAUGGGCCUCCCAGAAAUUCAGCCCGCUUCAUAAAUAGACACCAGUUGGCCGGGCCUGAGAUACCGUACUGCUCCAACCCAGGCAAGAGGUGUUAUCAGAGCUUUGACAGUUACUCCUACAGAUCACGGUCCUGUAGCAGAGGGCGACAGCAGGUGCACUGCGUUAAUAAGGAAUGCCAGUUCAACUUUGUGCCGGAGAAUGGGGAGGAGACGCAGGGAAUGGAAGGCACGGUUGCGUUCUACGAGAUAGAAGAGGGCGAUGAGGCGGCCUUCCCACCCCUUCCGGGACAGGCUGUUGCUGGUCCUGUGGUUUCAGCUUCUGCAGCAUUUUGGCUACAGCGGGGCACAAGUCCUGUUCCAUCAGGGAAACAGGCUGUGACUUCAUCUGAGGAAGAUGUGGAUGAACGAAGCAACAGUGGUGAAUAUGCAGAGGAUUACAUUUAUGCUGCCCCAGAACCUGGAUACCAGAGUCCUUCAGUGUAUGCAGCUGCAGAAUCCACCAAUAACUUAGAUGCCCUUAAUGGUGAACGUGUCCUGUUGCAAUCCCUUCAAGAAGGAGGAUCACAUGCAGGUUCACCACCAGAGGGCGUUGCAACUUAUACUUACUCUCCACAGGUGGUUGUGAGCUCUGCUGUGAUGUCCUCUCCUGGAGUCACUCCUGCUCCUGCAGUUUUCACAACUAACUCCACGGGGAGCUUACAGAGCACGGUGUCCUCUGCCCCUUCCUCUCAGUCUAUCAUCCAGCCAAUGGUUGUACCCCAGCACUCUGCGGGAAGACCAGUUGUGCUGUCCGCCCUCUCGCUGCCCUACCCUCCCAGUGCCCUUGUGUUUGUGAACGAGGCCGGGGAGCCAGUGAGCGCCCCCCCACCUCCACCUUAUUCCUGCGACCCUAAUGGGAAUGACCUCCCCAGAGAUUACAAGGUUCUCCAGUAUUACUUCAACCUAGGAGUGCAGUGGUACCACCAGAACUGCUGGAAUGCCACAGUCCAGAUGCAGCAGCUAUACCAGCAGCCUGUUGCUGAGCAGUACCAGUCCUACUCUGGGUCGGCUCCCCGGGCAGAACAGAACCUGCCACAUCAGCCAUAUGGAGAAGGGGUGCAAGUAGCAGACCAACGAGGGGACACUACCAGUGGAGCCAUACUAAAUGUGGAGCCCUCUCUGUCUGCACAAGGAGCUGUCUAUUAUCCCAUAAUGCCUGAUCAAUGUAGCCAGCAGCCUCUCCCGAUGUACGAUCCUUAUGUCCCGGUGCUGCCAGCUUAUCGCUAUGUGACGCCCUGGCCACCCCUCAACCAGCCCAGAGUCCUUGGUCCUCUAUACCCCAACUCUACUCACCAAGUCGGUUACAUGGCUUCAUCUGCUCUGCCUCCACAUUUUGUCCCACAAGGCAUGUGACUGUUUUCCCAGGGGAUGUGAGACUGGCUUGUCAAUCUUCAGUGCCUUGUGCUGGCGAAAAGCUCUUCAACUAUCCUUCCCCACCUCUUCCCUACAAUGACUUGAGUUUUGCUGCUCUUUUUGAAAAGUGGGUUUGCUGUCGGUUGUAGUUUUUUGUUUUAAGAACAUUUUCAGAAAGGGCUUUCAUAGUAAGAGAACUCUGUGCCAUUAGAACUGGAGUUUACCACAGUAAAUGAUCAAGUUCCAGUUUCAGCAACCCAGAGCACACUCCUUCUAAAAGAGCCAGAAGUGUCAUUUUAGAUAUUCUCAGUGCGAGCUCUUGUUGCUUCUCCACUGCAUUUUCAGCUUUAUCCCCCAAAGAGAUGUUCGCAAAAUGAGAGAGAAGAAAGUACCAGCAUUUUCCAAAAAGCAGUUAUUCCCCAUUCCAUAAUUUUCCUGAAAUCAUACUGUACAGCAGAGUAUUAGGACAAGAAAUCUGUUUGGGCAAUUGCUAAAUGUUGCUUUAAAAGAAGGAGGAAAAUUGUUAAAUUUCAAAAUGGCACUUGAACCCUUUUACUCUAUAGUAUUGUAUAUAAUGUUUCUUAUAAAUGUUUGAAGUAUGUCUAUCACCUUUUCAAUACCAUCACCUUUUUACAUGUUCACUUUGAAGUUUUGCUUUUAACCAUGAUGAACACAUGAACAUUAUUCAUCAGUAUUGAAGCACUGAAUUCACAUUGACUUGAUGAAACCAAGACCACGAAACAUUUUGCCUUCUAUCUGUUCAAGCUCAGUAUUUAUCUAGGUGAAGUCUGUGUUCAUUGUAACAUACCUCCAUUGGUCAAUUGCAAAACCUCUUUUUUUGGGUUAGUGUUGUACGUAGUGUUGAGCUGCUUUUAAAGCUGAUUUUGUUUUGGAAGUAGGGAAAUCAAAGGCAAAACACCACCAUGAAAACUUUUAAGAGUAUUUAAACUGUUUUCAUGGUAAGUAAAACAGAUUAAACGUAAGCUUUCUUCUUUCUAUGAAGAAUCUGUAAACUGGCAUGGAUCACAUCUUCCUGUGUGUCAGGGGAAUAAGUAUUUUUUAAGAUUUUUAAAAGUAUGUAAUCCCUUGGUUUCUUACAGUCCUAUAUAAAAGGACUUUUUAUUUCUGCCCUAUACUAUUGACAAUGUUAAUUGUAAACUAGCUAUUAAUUAUUAGCUCAUAGUCCUUUCUCAAUCCAGAACACUGCAGAAGAGCCUCCCCUUUGCAACAGCAUGAGAAUGAUUAUUUGCAUUCAGAACCAUACAACCUGUUGGAUUUAAUAGAAAGGGUUUUGCAAUUAAUGUGUUCAUUAUAUUAGAAAUGUUAGAAACCCUCACAAUUGAAUUGAUAGUUUGUUAGACGUUCCAUCACUAUAGGUAACCCCAUCUAAUUUUUUUGGUAAGGCCAAUUUUCUGGUGCCCCCUAGAACAGCUUCAAAUGCCAGUUCCUCAGUCAGCCCACUAGGUGUGUUGGAAACAUGUUCUAAAUGUCUUGUAGUGUUCUUGCAAUACUGACCAUUUCCAUUUAUGUAUAAGCUUCUUCAGGGAAAGGUGACUGAUAUUUUUCCUUAAAAAGCAGCAAAUAAUGGCAUUUCUCAUUUUCCAUUGGCAUCUUAGAUGGGUGGAGGGUGUUCAUAAUUGUUAAAGACUGACCUCCUGCAGGAUUUGGAGGUUUCCUUUAAAUCUCCAACAGUUCAGCACUUAAAAAUGCUGUUGAAUUUGGCAGAGACUUUUAGUUGAAUUGGCUAGUAUUAUAUCCAGAUGGCUAGCCUUUUAGAACCAUAAUUACUCACCAUACCAGGCCUCAAAUAGGAGUUGGACAGUAUAGGACAGUGAUAUCGAGGGUGCUUGUAAAGUUAGCUGGCCUAUUAAAACUAUUGUGAAAAUGGAGCAGUGAACAUUGGAUCAUUAAGACCCCUUUCAUAUAGACUGUGCACAGCUAACAGAAGUAACAUCACUGGCAAUCGGAAGGUGUGCAGAGCAUUCAGAUAUUGAAAAUCGGUAAGCCGUAGGUGGUAAAUAAUCUCGUGUGUACCAUCGUUAUGCAGAUAACUCUGUUCCCGAUGCUCUUCAUGCCUGAUGAAUUUCAUUGCUCCUCAGGUGAAAGGUUUGUUCCUAUUGUUUAAAGUCAGGUAGCUUGCUAAGCACCUGUAUAUACAGUAUUACAAUAUACCUAGUCCUGAUCGACCUGCAGUUUUUUUACUCAACAUUGCCUGCAGUAGAACAGAUUCGCCUUCCUUUUUUGAUGUAAAAUUUGCUUCUUUCAUUUUUUAGAAGAUAUUAUUUUAAAGGAAAUUUUACAGAUUCACAUACUCCACCCCCCACAAGCCAAAAAAGCUUUAAACCAGUUUUGCUGCCACUGUUAAAAGCUCCCUACUGUUCUUUCUUGUGAAUUUAAUUUGUAUAAAAAGAUGUAAAGUUGCACCAUUUAUCACAGUUCACAUUUGGUUAAAGGUUUGGCAUUUGGGAAAUUAAAGACAUUGAAUUAAAACAA